UAUAAAAUCUCGGCUGCGAAUCGUCGUGAGCUUCAGUCACGAGUCGCUAGUCUUCCACGGAACACGCAGCAGCACGGCACAGAGUCGAGAUAUAAUAAUAAUAUUACAAAAUCAUCGCUUCGUCUAAGAUGUCCAAGAGCAUGAAACUGUCGGCGCUGCUCGUCCUCUGCCUCGUCGCCGCGCUCGCCGAGGCCCGCAACGACCUGGUGAUCGGCGUGCGCCAGCCCAACGACUUUCUCAUUCAGCGCGAGCUCGUGCAGAAGGACGCGGACGUCUCGGCGCUGGGCAUCAGGACGAGCUACGAGCGCACCUUCACCGGCAACAACAUCUCCAACAUCACGAUGAUCCGUGCUCUGGACCAGCACGACAACGGCCACGGCGCCACGGCCCAGAUAGUCGGCGGCGGCGUCGGCUUCAAGUACGUCACCAUCAAGUUCAAGAGCGAGCUGUUCCGCGGCAUCGACUUCGUCGUCGAGAUCUACGGAAAGUAACGCGGAUGUCUUCAGUUUUUUUUCUAUAACGUAGCUCUCUAAAAUAUGUAUUGACUUUUGAUCUUUUUUUUAUGUAUAACGACGACGCGGAAGUUAUUGAUCUGAACAAAUAUUUGUGUACCAUGUGAUUUGAAUAAAUAUUCAAUUAUUUUUUAA